AUGUCACCUAUCCUGAACAUAUGUGGCCUCGGUUGGCCGGUAUUGUUUAUUAUGGAGUGCGACACUUCACCACGCGAUUUGUAGAUGCAGAGAACCAAGUAUGGUUUAACGACGGCAUUGCAUUAGGUAGACAUUCGCUACAUGAAGGUCAUAUUGACGACGUCAACAUGAUGCGAGACAAGACGGGCAAAGACCGUGACAUGUUCAUAUACAGGUAGGCCAAUAUAUGAAAACUGAUGUGCCCGACGGAAAGAAAAUUCAUAGGACUCGGACAUGCCACGCAGAUGCGUUGGCCCUCACCCCACUAGUACCAC